UCAUCUUCACCCAACCCAUUCACAUUCCCUCUUCAUUAUUUUCACAUGUUUGGCUGAGCUGUCACUUCACAACGUCCCGCCAACACCAUCAACAACGUCCCAUCAGCUCACUCUGCCGUCUGAUAGAAUCGAUAAACCAUCACCAGUCGAAUAGCAUCCCGAGUCCGACCACCGUUAGCGGCACAAUCAACACCCACAAAUGUCACUUGAUUCGCUUUCCCUUUCCGAAUUAGACGCCGGCCCCCAAUCCCGUGCACAAGCGCCACCUCGCACAUGCACACCACACCGUGCGCCAUUGUUCGAGUCUUGCACGCCGUCUUCCACGGCAUGUCUUGAUAGUCCGGCAGAACCUCCAGGCUUGUCAUCCACCGAGAAGAUCACCAGCCUUGAUCAUCUGCGCUCCCUGGUGCCUCACUCUUACUGCAUUGGCAUUGAUGUGGAGGGCAUCGAGGGGAUAGCGCAGGGUGUCACCUCAGUCGGCAUCUCCGUCCUGCCACCGGUCUUCUCCCUCUCCACGGCGUCAAAGGAUGGCUCAUGGCCAUGGCCCUUCCUAGACUACCACCAAGGCCAAAUCGACCUCGACACCAUCGCCUCUCACUACCGUCUGCAAUCUCACUGCUUUGCCAUUCUUGGCCGUGAGCGUGCCCGGUCUUACGAGCAUUUCCACUACGGCGAGGUGGUCCACCACCCCAUCACCCACCUCCAGUCCACCGUUGUCUCAGUAUUCCAGUCCAUCCGCCUUGACAACCCCACAGCCCCUAUCAUCCUCGUCGGGUUCGACAUGGAGCUUGAACACCGCGCUAUCAGCUCCGUUUUCCCUUUGUUGGGAGACUAUGUCACGCACUGGUGCGAUAUUUCGCACACCGGUCUUGCGGAUGCGAGAUGGGAAGAUAAAAAGGAAGCGCACAAGACGCACCUCAAGAUCUCGUUGCGAGAUACGAUGUUGGCUCUCAACUUCCGGCGUAACCAUGGGAUACAACCCCGAGCGAGGCACCACUCGGCUGGUAUGGACGCUGUGCGCACGCUGGGAACGAUGCUUGCGCUUCUGGCGAGGGCGCCAGAGGCAGGAGUUUUGGUGGUCAAAAGGUUCACGUGGGAGGAGCAUGGGAAUAGGCAGCUGUGGGAAUGGGUGCCAAGGCCGGGAAAUAAGUUUCCUUGGACAGUGAAAGUUGUACCGGUGCCAACAGAUAACAGGGACGGAACGGCGCAUCUGCCGGAGUCCCUAAGCAGACCAGCACGGCUGUUCAACUUCGUAACCAGGAACUUUGGGGAACCAAAGGCCGUAGCGGUCUGUCCCCCGGCUAGGUCGGGGCCGCUGAAGACACAUGGGUGGGUGAGUCUGCAUAGUGAGGAAGAGAUGGAGAGGUUCGUGAGAGACUGGGAUGGGAAGAUGGUUGUUGAUGGGGUUAUGUUGAAGGUCGGGGAGAGACCGCCUCCUGAGAACCCUCCUAAGAUCCCACUUAAGCACCUAAGGAAAGCCAUUUCCAGCGUAAACCAAGUGGAAGAAAGAGGUAAGUCGAUGGCAGAUGAGCAACAAGAUGAAGAGGAGGAGGAAGACCGGGAUUCGUCGCUCGCAGAGGAACUAUCCGCCCUGGAGCUUGAUGACACUGGAGAGUAUCCUGAUCCCUGCACGCGAACCGCGUUCUCCACCGGCACUCUCCACCAGCAGUCUCCACCGGCACUCUCCACCAGCAGUCUCCACCGGCACUCUCCACCAGCAGUCUCCACCGGCACUUGCAGCUCCAAGUUCAAUUGCGACAGCGACUUUUGUUAG